AUACUUGCUUUGCAAGCUGAACUAAAUUUCCACAGAAAUUUAUAUAAUCUUCAGGUUAAAUAUAUUGAAGCUGUAUUUGAUGGGAUAAAGCAAGCAUACCACACAUUUCAAGAUAAUGUUGCUAUGGUUCUUUGUUCCCCACUGCAAGAUGUUUUUUCUUCUUAUACAAAACUUAAAACUGGAGCCUCAGAGGAUGCUUUGAGGGACUUUCUCACUGCUUUUAAAAACAAUGCUGAACAAAUCCAAUAUGCUAUUGAAACUUUGACUCCAUCAGCAAGCCAGCAGCGGGAAGGUGAUGAAGCCCUGUCAAAAUUUGGAAAAGAGUUCUUUCUAUCUCUAGAACAGUCACUCAAAGCCUGUGGAGAACAACGGGAUAAAGCAGCCAAUGAAAUGGGAAUCUUACAGAUGGAACUGGAUCAGGCUUUAGAAAAACUUCAGAAUUUAAGGGAACAAAAGAUGAAAAAAUCAGGGACCAUUCAGCAUUUCCCUAAUUAUGAAGAAAUUUCAACAAGUUGCUUGAAUGUAGUUUCCCAAAAGUCUGAACCUCAUUUCCCAUCUAAUUUUCCUCCAACCAGACUUAACCCUUUGUUAAAACAAGCUUCUGUUGCAGAGAAACAAUCUACCAAUUUGCUCCCCAAGCAAAGACUGGGAAAUUGUGAUGAUACAGUUAUCCAACAGAAGGGAAAGACCCUUCAUAGGAGCAGGAGUAUGAAGGCUACUGAAAAGGCAGCAUGGCAAGAUUAG